AUGGCUCCAAAAUCGAGAUUUACAAGGCUUGAUGCCUUUACCAAGACAGUCGAUGAAGCGCGAAUUCGAACGACGAGUGGUGGUAUCGUCACGAUCGUAUCCUUGCUGGUGGUCCUGUUCCUGUCCUGGGGUGAAUGGGCAGAGUAUCGUCGCAUUGAUAUACAUCCUGAGUUGAUUGUGGACAAGGGAAGAGGCGAGCGCAUGGAGAUUCAUCUUAACAUCACCUUCCCCAAGAUGCCCUGUGAGCUACUGACUCUGGAUGUCAUGGAUGUUUCUGGCGAGCAGCAGCACGGAGUUAUGCACGGUGUCAACAAAGUCCGCCUCCAACCUGAGAACAAAGGAGGUGCUGUUAUCGAUACCAAGUCCCUCUCGCUCCACGAUGAUGCCGCCCACCACCUCGACCCCUCCUACUGCGGUGGCUGCUACGGUGCUCAACCUCCUGCCAAUGCUCAGAAAGCCGGUUGUUGUCAGACUUGUGACGAAGUUCGCGAGGCCUAUGCCCAGGCCUCGUGGGCCUUUGGCCGUGGUGAGGGCGUUGAGCAGUGUGAACGCGAGCAUUAUGGCGAGAAGCUGGACGCUCAGCGUGACGAGGGUUGCCGUAUUGAGGGAGGCCUACGUGUGAACAAGGUUAUUGGUAACUUCCAUUUCGCCCCCGGACGAAGCUUCAGCAGCGGCAAUAUGCACGUUCACGAUCUUAAGAACUACUGGGAUGUGCCCAAGGGUCACACACAUGACUUCACUCACCAUGUGCACUCUCUUCGCUUCGGUCCUCAGCUCCCUGACCACAUCGCCCGCAAGGUCGGCGCAAAGAACACGCUCUGGACCAACCACCACCAGAACCCUCUCGACGACACUCACCAGGAAACCCACGACCCCAACUACAACUUUAUGUACUUUGUCAAGAUUGUGCCAACCUCUUACCUACCCCUUGGCUGGGACAGCAAGGGCAUCAAGAUUGCUGGUCUCUUACAAGACGACAACGCUGGUCUUGGGGCUUACGGUUACGCUGAGGAUGGCAGCCUCGAGACUCACCAGUACUCUGUGACCAGCCACAGACGAAGCCUGGCAGGUGGUAACGAUGCUGCUGAGGGUCACGCAGAGCGUCAACACACCAGCGGUGGUAUCCCUGGUGUCUUCUUCUCCUACGAUAUCUCUCCCAUGAAGGUUGUCAACCGUGAAGAGAAGGCCAAGACCUUCAGUGGUUUCCUUGCUGGACUUUGCGCCAUUGUCGGUGGAACUCUGACUGUGGCCGCUGCUGUUGACCGAGGAUUGUUUGAGGGCGCGGCUCGUCUCAAGAAGAUGCGAUCCAAGGACCUGUAA